CACGGCGCCGGAAGCGGCCGGUGGAAGGUCCUCGUGGAGUAGACGCCAGCAUGGGGCAGUCGGGGCGGUCCCGGCACCAGAAGCGCGCACGCGCCCAGGCUCAACAACGCAACCUCGAGGCCUACGCCGCGCAGCCACACUCGUUCGUGUUCGCCCGGGGCCGCGCGGGUCGCGGCGUCCGGCAGCUCAGCCUGGACCUACGGCGGGUCAUGGAGCCGCUCACCGCCACCCGCCUACAGAUACGAAAGAAAAAUUCUCUGAAGGAUUGCGUGGCAGUGGCUGGGCCCCUUGGGGUCACACAUUUCCUGAUAUUGAGCAAAACGGAGACUAAUAUCUACUUUAAGCUGAUGCGCCUCCCAGGAGGCCCCACCUUGACUUUCCGGGUCAACAAGUACACAUUGACACGUGACGUGGUCUCCUCGCUGCGCCGCCAUCGCAUGCAUGAGCAGCAGUUCACCCAUCCUCCCCUCCUGGUGCUCAACAGCUUCGGCCCCCUUGGCAUGCACGUGAAGCUCAUGGCUACGAUGUUCCAGAACCUGUUCCCCUCCAUCAACGUGCACAAGGUGAACCUGAAUACCAUCAAGCGCUGCCUUCUCAUCAACUACAACCCUGACUCCCAGGAUCUGGAUUUCCGCCACUAUAGCAUCAAAGUCGUCCCUGUGGGCGCAAGUCGUGGGAUGAAGAAGCUUCUCCAAGAGAAGUUCCCCAACAUGAGCCGCCUGCAGGACAUCAGCGAGCUGUUGGCCACGGGUGCGGGACUGUCAGAGAGUGAGGCAGAGCCCGAUGGCGAACACAACAUUACGGAGCUACCCCAGGCCAUCGCAGGGCGCGGCAACAUGCGGGCCCAGCAGAGCGCCGUGCGGCUUACUGAGAUCGGACCUCGGAUGACGCUGCAGCUUAUCAAGAUCCAGGAGGGUGUCGGGGAGGGGAACGUGCUCUUCCAUAGUUUCGUGCACAAGACCGAGGAGGAGCUGCAGGCCAUACUGGCAGCCAAGGAGGAGAAGCUGCGGCUCAAGGCCCAGAGGCAGGAGCAGCAGGCCCAGAAUGUCCAGCGUAAGCAGGAACGGCGAGAGGCCCACAGGAAGAAGAGCCUGGCGGGCAUGAAGCGGGCACGGGCAGAGGCCGAUGGGGAUAGCGAUGCUGAGGACCCUGGGGCCCCCCCAGAGGCAGAGAGGGCCGGCCAGCAGGAGGAGGAGGAUGAAGCUGAGUAUUUCCGCCAAGCAGUGGGCGAGGAGCCUGACGAAGACAUGUUCCCGAAGGCCCAGCGGAGACGGACCACCAGGCCUCCAAGCAAGAAGCAGCGGUUAAAGCAGCGGAGGCCAGACCGUGGUGCCCCACCCUGCCCAGCCAACAUCGCUGCAGCUGCUGACCGGAUCCUCAGUGGCUUCCAGGAAGGCUUCCUGUGGCCCAUGCUGGUGACCGAGUUCCUGGUGGCCGUGGCUGGUAACAGCCUGGCCCUUUACCGCUUCGGCACGCGGGAGCAGCGCCCAUGGCACCCAGCUGUGAUCUUCUCGGCCCAGCUGGCUGUCAGCGACCUGCUCUAUGCCCUGACACUGCCCCCGCUGGCUGCCUACUUCUACCCACCCAAACACUGGCGCUACGGGGAGGCCAUGUGCCGCCUGGAGCGUUUCCUCUUCAUUUGCAACACGCUGGGUAGCAUCAUCUUUAUCACCUGCAUCAGCCUCAACCGCUACCUGGGUGUCGUCCACCCCUUCUUCACCCGCAGUCACCUGCGGCCCAAGCAUGCCUGGGCCAUUAGUGCUGCAGGCUGGGUGCUGGCGGUCCUGCUGGCUGCACCCACACUCAGCUUCUCCCACCUGACGACACCACAGCAAGAAGGCAACUGCACCGUGGCCAGGCCUGAGGCCUGCAUCAAGUGCCUGGGGACUGCGAGUGACAGCCACCUCAAGGCCUACAGGGCCUAUAGCCUGGUGCUGAUGGCACUGGGCUGCGGCCUGCCGCUGCUGCUCACCCUGGCAGCCUAUGGCGCCCUCAGCCGGGCCGUGCUACGCAGCCACGGCAUGACAGCAGCCGAGAAAAUGCACGUGGCAGUAUUGGUGGCCAGUGGUGUGGUGCUCUAUGCGGGUUCCUAUCUGCCCUACUUUGUCACACUGGUGAUCAACGUGUCGGCCCGGCAGCGCUGGAGAGCCCGCUGCCCAUCCUUUGUGGACGAGACUCAGGCUGUGAAGGCACUGGACCUGGGGUCCUAUGUGGGCCACCAGGUGACGCGGGGCCUCGUGCCCCUGGCCAUCUGCAUCCACCCGCUGCUCUACAUGGCUGUAGCACCCAGCGUAGGCUGCUGCCACCAAUGCUGCCUCGGCUGCAGGAAGGGCCGGGCCUCAGAGAAUGCUGAGCGCUCCAGCCAACCCCUGGCCCUCACUGUCACAGCCGCCAAAACCUUGGGGCCCCAGUCCCCUGAGCUGAGCCCAUGACCUCACCUAUUUGGAGCCUCCUCCCCACAAGGCACUGGGACCCAGCAGCCGAACGGGUGAGAACACAGCAAGAAUCAACCCACUUCCUCAAACAAAGGCCCGUCAUGGGAGCAGUGAGCACUCAGGCCAGACGGGCAGUCUGGGCAAGAUUUCUGCCCACAGCACUAACCAUGCGCAGGGCUACAGAGCAAACCCAUGCAGGGGGAGGGGAAAGGGGAGGGCUGCCCCCACCUGCCACAGGCGGGUGAUAUUCAUGUAUAAACAGAACACGCAUAGGGCAAUU